AUGGGCGGAAACAACUCCCUCGUUGAAAACACAUUUUCAACAUUUUCCAUUAUCUAUAAAGUCAGCAAAUACAUACAUAACUCUCAAAUAGCUACAAUGAAGCAAAUAAAAGCAACCUCGGUGGUGUUCUGUGCUCUGUUACUUAGCACUUUUGGACAUGAGCUACUAAAUCGUCAAAAAACACCUCCUUUUCGUUUACUAUCACAUGUGAAAAAUCGGAAACAAGACUCGAAAGAAGAAUGUCAUCUCGAAUGCCUAGCAGAUUCCGGAAAUUCGACUUUGCAAAUUUUUGUCAACACAACGACUAAUUUAGUGGCCGUAGCUAGUACAAAAACUGAAGUUGCUUUAAUUUUGGAUAUAAAUUCCGGUUUAGUUGGUCUAUUUAAUGCGCUUUCACACUCCGUGAUAGUAAUUAAUAUUGAACGAAGCACUGGAAUUGCAUUUUCUCAGAAUUCAACAUGGGAUAAAUCUGAAACUUUCCAACAAUAUUUUCAAACUGUAACAUCGUUAAAAGUUAUAUUCGAACAAGGAAAACAUCAAGGAGAUAAGUUUUCUGCAAAUAAUAUCACACAAGAAAUUGCAAUACAAAUAACCUUUGUUUUAAAAAUUCUAACUUCUGACAAAUAUUCGAUACAAGUAAAAGAAGCUUUAGACGUGCUUGUGGAUGUUUCAAAAAAUUUGUUAAAGUCUCUGGAAGGCCUUACAGAAAUUAUAAAAAGCCAAGCCAUUAAUACAGACCUUGAAAUAAAAGAGUUAAUUGGAAUUAUAAACGGUUUAGCCAGUUUUGUGAAACAUCUAAAUGGCGGCAUUUCUGUUUUAACAAAACAUCUAAUCAAACUCGACCUAGACAUUAUCGUAAAUUCUAAAACAGCAAUAGAUGUAUUUCUUUAUAUUUUACUACAACUAAAGCCGAGUAAAUUAGAUUUGAAAGAAGUUCUAAGAGAUCGUUUCGACACACCUGAAAGCUUCUUUUCACUAAUUGCAAAAUUGGGAGGCAAUUCCACACGUGGCAUCAACGGAAUUUUAACAAUUCUUUCAAAAAUAAUCAUUUUGACUCAACGAACUUCCAUCGAGUCUGUUGUUGUCGCUUUAAUCCAAUUUUUUGGUAGUUUAAAUGGCCAUAAUUUUGCCCAAGAGUGGCAAACUGCAAUUGAAAACUUAUCACGCACUGUUAACCAACUUAAGUUAAAUGAAACUCUAAAAGUUGUCGUGAAACUACUCGAAGAAAUUCGUGAAGAAAAAUGGAUCGAAAAUCAAGUUAAUUUAUCCACAAUUGUGAAAAUUUUAACCAGUGCUUCUACGCCCAUUGACUCAAUUAUAAAAAUUCUUGUAGUUUUUCAAAAACUUAUUCCAACUAAUGUCUCGCUUCCUUUCUUGAUAAUCGAAUUUGUGCGACUUUUGACCACGAAAACUGGACUUAUAACAAUUGUAGCUCUAAUACCUCAAAUUAAAAAUAACUUGGAUACGAAAAAAUCAAGAGUUGAGUUUCUUCAAAGCAUUUUGCGUGCUAUUGACAUCAAAAAUUCAAAUAAAAUCGGGAAAGCUUUAAAACACAUACCAAUAGUUAAAACAAUUUAUUCCGAACUUAAAAAGUCUCUAAAAGAAGCCCACUUGGAGUUGGAUAAUAUCAUUGGAGAAAAAGCUUCAAGACAUGUUUUGUUGGAGAUACGAAAGAUUUUGAUAAAGGCCAUUCGCGAUGAAAGUGGAGGAAAGUUUUCAAGUGGGGGUCAUAACGAUCAUGGAAAUGAUAACUCAAACAAACAUUUAGCAAAAAACACUCAUCAUAAAAUUGGUCACAGUGGCGGAAAAGGACACAAACAUAAAAAUCACUCAAAAGGACAUGGAAAAGAUAAGAGAAAGGAGAAAAGCCAAUAAUUUCCUCUGAAAAAUAUAAACAAUGUAAUAAAUGAUAAAUGAAUAAACUUUUUAAUUCUACGUACAUUAACGUGAAUAAAUAUAUUUUUGGAGUUUUUAGUA